AUGCCCGGAAAGAACAUCUCGUCCCCCGUCAUCUCUGUGCGGAGACUGCAUCGCGUGGAGGAGGGUCCAUGGACGAUCAGUGUCGCGGAGACGCCUCACGAUCCGAGCUCGUACAGUCUCUACAUUAAGACUCCGACGCAUAAUAUUACCCUCACGCGCACGGCGCAGGAGGUCGUGGAACUCCAUGCCAAGCUCCGCGACAACUUCCCCGGGCUGAAGAUACCGUCUCCGCCAAUAGACGUGGCUUCAUUGCCCGUUCCGCCAAAGCGUAAAUCGGCCUUCCUGAACACGCUAUCCCGGCUCGCAUCUCCGUCGGGCAACAAGAGCAAUGGCACAAGACAGGCAUCUGGCCGCCAGCAACCCUCGAGCAGCCUUUCUAGCAGUGCGGCGUCAAGUAAUGCUUCCUCCAGCGCCCAAACGCCAAGCGCGACGCCCGCGAAUGAAAUCGGAGACCCGUUUGCUGAAAUCGGCGAGAACGGCGAGGACAUAUCCGCUCUCGCGGCAUCGAACAACAAGGUCAUCACCGGGCUCGCGUCGUAUCUCACAUCUAUCGCGAACGAGACCACCCUCCGCCAGGCACGCGCGUGGAAGCGGUUCGUACGUGUGCGCACAGAUGACCUCCAGAGCGUUCGUGUGGAGCGUGCUAUCAAACGUGUCCGGUCGGACAUCGCUGCGCAUGCGAGCCCGACUACGUCAUCAGAGGCGACGAGGUCAAUCAGCCAGGUCGUGUUGGAUGGCGAAGACGCGGCCGAGCAAGACGGCAUCAGGGAGGAGGAUGCGGAUGCGGAUGUCGACGAGGACAUUGCGGAGGGCGCGGAGGAUCGUGCGGCGACGCCGGUGUCUCCCAAACCUGCGCCAAAGUCUGUCGAUGGACUCAAAUCGGCGGCCUCGCAGUCCGCGACCUCGAACGGCGACGUGACCGAUGACGAGUUCGCUCCGAACACUCCCGUCCAAGGGGACAGUGCUGCAAGCCAUUCCCGCAUCAUGCGGUCCCAGUCGGCGGACCCUAUGGCACGUGCCUCGCGCGUAUACUCGACUACUCCCUCGCAAGCCUCUCAAACCGAUGCGUCGUCCGUCUCUACGACGGAGCGGCGCUCGGCGCGCAAGAAGCGCAGCAAGUCUACGGACCCGAACAGCGCAGCCAAGAAGUCGCAGCGCAAGGUAGUCGUCGACGACUUCGAGAUGAUGCGUGUACUGGGCAAGGGUUGCGCGGGUAAGGUCCUGCUCGUGCGCCACAAGCCGUCGCAGGAUGUCUACGCGCUGAAGGCGAUCACAAAGCGGCACGUGCUCGCGCACCAGGAGCUGCAGCACACGCUCACGGAGCAGGCGGUGCUAAAGCGCAUGGCCGCAGAGAACUCGGAUCCGUUUGUGGUGAAGCUCUGGUGGAGUUUCCACGACAAGGAGAACUUGUUCCUGGUUAUGGACUUCCACCCUGGUGGCGAUCUCGCGACACAACUCGCGCGAUGGGGGCGGCUAGGACGUGACCGCGCCCGCUUCUACGCCGCCGAGAUUGUCGAGGGCGUCGAGGGCUUGCACGCUGCGGGCGUGAUCUACCGUGACCUCAAGCCAGAAAACAUCCUCAUCGGCGCGGACGGACACAUUGUUCUGACGGACUUUGGUCUCUCCAAGGAGUUCCCACGUCGGACGGCCGCCCUUACCGCUCCGUCCACGCCCUCGGGUUCAAGGGGCGAGUUCAUGGACACCGCGACCGCCCCUGCUUCCACUCCCUCGACCCCUCACUGGAUGAAGGGCGACGUCGCGAACGAUAUGUUCCAGCCCAGCUCAGGCGACACGACCAGUACGUUCUGCGGGACGGCAGAAUACCUGGCACCAGAGGUCAUCCAGGGCCUGCCGUACAGCUACGAGGUGGACUGGUGGAGCUUCGGCACGAUGCUCUAUGAGAUGCUCACAGGCAUCACGCCAUUCUGGGCGGAAAAUCACUCGGACAUGUACUACCGGGUGCUACAGGACGAGCUGCAGUUCCCUGAGGACAGGACGAUGGACCAGGACACCAAGAGCUUGAUCCGCGGUCUGCUCCAAAGGAACCCUGCGCUCCGAAUGAAAGAACCCCGGGUGAAGAAGCACCCGUACUUCUCGAUGAUAGACUGGUCCCACGUGUAUUAUAAGCGUUACAUACCCCCGUAUAUUCCUCCAAUCGACCCCUCGAAUGCCAGCGAUACCCAGAACUUUGACGAUACCUUCCUGGGCAUGGAGCCCGUAAUCAACGACGAGAACGAAGAGGUCGACACCGACGCGGAGCGCACGGAUACCGACCGCACUGACGGAGAGGACUCUGUCGCCACGCCGUCGCAGUCCCGGAGUCCGUCCGUGCACCCGGUCGAGGACGACUCUGUCGACGUCUUUGAUGGGUACUCGUACAAGGGCCGGCAUUCGGUCAUCAUCGACGAUGAGGAGGAAGACGGGGAUGGCGAGGACGAGGAGGACGAGGAUGAGGAGUCGAUCAGCCCCAGCCUCGACUCCAUCCUUCCCGAGGAACCCGUCUCGGAUGUGGCUACCGUGCCCGAGGAGGUCGAGGAAGUCACUGUACCCGAGGACGUCGGAGAGACGGAACCCAAGACUCCGGAAGCUCGCCCUGCCGCUCUGCCGACAGAACCGGAGGCACCACCAGCACUAGCACCGGUGGAACCGGCGAAGCCGGAGGCUGCUCCGGCGCCCAGCCACGACCGCACUGCGACCACGGUGUCCUCGGCGGAGGCCGCUGCUGCCGCCGCAGCUUCACGCACAGCGGAGGACGCCAACAUCAAGACCGCACCGAAGGUCCGCGCGGGCAAACAGAACCGCAACCGGCGGGAGAAGUCUGGCAUUCCCGCAUUGGACCGGGACAUUCCCGACGCGCGCACAGAAGACGAAGGUCUGGCGGAUCGCGAGGAGGACGAGGACGACUGGGACUUCGUCGAAGCGGGCGGCUUGCUCGUGGAGGAGCGCAACGGCUCGAAGGGCACGACGCUCUUUGCGCGCGGCGUCGUCGACCGCUACAAGCUCUCCGUGUUCCGCAAGAGCACGCCGAGGAGGUCGACCCCGCGUUCGUUCUCGGGCGUGUCCCUCGACUCGGAGCUGGAGCCGGCCGAGUCGCCCACGCCGUCGGACAAGCAACGUCGCGGCCGCACGCCCGGCUUGACCUUCCGCAAACACCCACGACAGUUCCUUCGGCAGAAGAGCCCCCCACCAUCAUCGCGCUCGGCCAAGUCGCUCACAGCGUCCGCCUCUGCGACGAUGUCGGCUGCGUCAACAGUCUCGAGCGCUGGCCUCCUCACCCCCUCGCCGUCACAAACCGCAAUGUCGCACUCGUUGAAGUCCAAGGAGUCUGCCAUCUCCAUGGGUACGGUGAGCGAGUCUUCGGACCCGUCCCUCAACGGCGACAAUGCAGCCCAUGGCGGAGACACCGUCAAGGGCGCUGCCGUGAACGGUAACGGACACGGCGAGGACGAGAAGCAGCAAAAGAACAAGGUGUUGAAGAAGUACAAGGAAGGCGCGGAGAAGGUCCUCUCGAUCUUCCAGUCGCCGCGGUAG